UAAUAAUAUGGGCUACGCUCUGGACGAAGGAUUGUUGUACCUCCAACAUCUAAAAUUUUUAGAAGAAUUAACCCUUGAACAUAUACUUAUAAGAGACGUUGAAAUCCUUUGUACAGUACUGCAUGGAAUGCACCGAUUACAUUAUUUACAUUUGAAUGCAUAUUUUGGACUUCUAAAUAUAAAUGAAGUUUUAAUACAAUUACAAAAUAAAGCAUUGUUUUCAAACUUGGAAACAAUAAAAUUAUCGGGCCGUGCUAUUGAUUUGCGGGGUAUUGGUGCCCUAGCUGAGUUCAAGAAUUUACGAAUACUGAGCAUUAAGACAUGGAGAAGAGAUAUAGACAGUAAGGACUGCUGGCAGAGAUUGUUUUCUUCCUGUCAACGUCUGGAGACAGUGUUUUUGCCGCGUUUCAGCAGUAUCGAUGAACCACUGACACUAUGGAAAAACCUAAGCGAAGUAGAGUUGCGGCAAAUAUCUGAGAAUCCCAGGACAGUAGCAAUUCCCGAGCAGUGUCAUAAUCUGCGAAUCCAUGUUAAAGAAAGUAGCAUUGUUGACCAAUUGCUGGAAAAUUAUCCACAUUUGUCCAUCUGCUUAUAUAACGAUAAUAAUAUAAUAUAA